GGGAAAGAGGAGGGAGGGGAGAGAAAGAGAGAGAAAAGAUAAGCAACGAGCCUGUGCCAAAGAAGGCCACGUGCUUAUGGAGCACUGGCAGAGCAGCAACCCAAAUAACAUUUAAUUUUUUUUUUAAUUUCAAAAGAGCAGGGCCUGCUUGUGCGCGCGUGUUGAACGGCCUCUCCUCUAGCCUGCUUUACGGUUCUUCCUUGGCCGCCAGCAGCAGCAGCAGCAAGCAAACUCAGCCGCUCCCCUCCCCACCGCUCACCCGGGGGAAAGAAGAGGCGGAGGAAGGAGAGGAGGUGGUGGUGUAGGAGGACGAGAGGCAGCCGGGUAGAUCCUGUCUGAUCUGUGCGCCGGUGAUGGGUGGUGGUGGUUUGUUUUCCUUGCCGCCCUCCCCGCGGCUCCCAUCCUCUUCCUGCAGCCGGCUAGCCUAAACCAAGGCGAGGCGCAAAAGCGCGGCGCAAUUACGCGCGCCUGUUUGUUUUUUUGCCCUCCGGGUUCUUGAUAAUGGAAAAAGUGCCCAGAGAAAUUUCUGGCGGCGAUGGUGCUGGUGCCGGCGUCCCUCCUCUUUUUUUUUCCACCAGCAGCGGAUCACCAUUGUGUGGGAGGAGGGCAGCGGCGGCAGCAGCGGCGGCGACAGGGAUGGACUUGGUCUUUGGGAUUUCUUGCUAAAGGGAGCAGCACAGACACCCGGCGCACCAGACCAGCAGGGAGGCGGACGCGAGAGGAGCUGCUGCGCUCACUUGCUGCCGUUGCCUCCGCCUGGGCGCACCAUCGCCUUCUCUGCCGGCAAAGCCACAAGGCUCUUCCGUAAAGAAGCGCCUGGCUUCUCCCUUCCUGCCUUCGUCUUCACCGCCUUCCCACCUUGCAGCCUCCCCGCUGCGGCAGAUGUGUUUGGGGUCACCGGGCAGCUGGGACUAUGGUGAAAUUUCCGGCGCUCACUAACUACUGGCCCCUGAUCCGCUUCUUGGUCCCUUUGGGCAUCACCAACAUAGCCAUCGACUUCGGGGAGCAGGCCUUGAACAGAGGUAUCGCAGCUGUUAAGGAAGAUGCUGUGGAGAUGCUGGCCAGCUAUGGGUUGGCCUACUCCCUCAUGAAGUUCUUCACGGGCCCAAUGAGCGACUUCAAGAACGUGGGGCUGGUUUUUGUCAACAGCAAGAGAGACAGAACCAAAGCAGUGUUGUGUAUGGUUGUAGCUGGUGCUGUGGCCGCUGUGUUUCACACCUUAAUAGCAUACAGUGAUUUGGGGUACUACAUAAUUAACAAGUUGCACCAUGUGGAUGAAUCUGUGGGAAGCAAAACACGCAAGGCCUUCCUGUAUCUGGCAGCCUUCCCGUUCAUGGAUGCCAUGGCUUGGACCCACGCAGGUAUUCUUCUGAAACACAAAUACAGUUUCCUGGUUGGAUGUGCCUCCAUUUCAGACGUCAUUGCUCAGGUUGUUUUCGUAGCCAUUUUGCUCCACAGUCAUUUGGAGUGCAGAGAGCCCCUCCUCAUCCCUAUCUUGUCAUUGUACAUGGGAGCCCUUGUCCGAUGUACCACCUUAUGCCUGGGCUACUACAGAAACAUACAUGAUAUUAUUCCGGACAGUAGCGGGCCAGAGAUGGGGGGAGAUGCUACAAUAAAAAAGAUGCUCAGUUUCUGGUGGCCUUUGGCGUUAAUUUUGGCUACUCAGAGAAUCAGCAGGCCAAUCGUCAACCUCUUCGUAUCCCGAGAUCUGGGUGGCAGCUCUGCAGCUACAGAGGCGGUGGCAAUUCUGACAGCUACAUAUCCAGUAGGGCACAUGCCAUAUGGCUGGUUGACAGAAAUUCGAGCUGUUUAUCCUGCUUUUGACAAGAAUAACCCCAGCAAUAAAUUGGUGAAUACCAGCAGCACCGUCACAGCAACUCAUAUCAAGAAGUUCACCUUUGUCUGCAUGGCCCUGUCUUUAACGCUCUGUUUUGUGAUGUUCUGGACUCCAAACGUGUCUGAGAGGAUUCUGGUUGAUAUCAUUGGAGUGGAUUUUGCCUUUGCGGAGCUCUGUGUCAUUCCACUUCGUAUCUUCUCCUUCUUCCCAGUUCCAGUCACAGUAAGAGCACAUUUGACAGGAUGGCUGAUGACGUUAAAAAAGACUUUUGUGCUGGCCCCCAGCUCGGUACUGCGGAUCAUUGUCCUCAUCACCAGUCUGAUUGUGUUGCCUUACUUGGGGGUUCAUGGAGCCACCUUGGGAGUAGGAUCACUUCUGGCGGGCUUUGUAGGAGAAUCUACCAUGGUUGCAAUAGCAGCUUGUUACGUCUAUCAGAAACAGAAAAAGAAGAGGAACGACAAUGAGACGGCAACAGAAGGCGAGGACUCUGCCAUGACUGACAUGCCUCACACAGAGGAAAUGACGGACAUUGUCGAAAUGAGAGAGAACAAAUAGCAAAUGACAGGUGACUGUUCUCUGCAGGGACAACUGGAAGCGUAUUUCUCUCUCUGUUUCUCUCUCUCUCGCAUACUUCAUUGUUUCUUUGUAAUAAAGAGGCCUUGAUUCCAAAGGUUUCUGAUAACGAAUUCCCUAGCAUACCGAGUAUGCAGGCAUGGAUGAGGGACUGAAAGGAACAGUCUCUGCUUCCCUUCCCUCUCCCUUUGACUGAAAUUCUUCUCUCACCACAUGCAAACUCAAGAGAACGUGGCCGCUACACGGUAGCUGGGAUCUCCCUUCUUUUGACGGUCUCCAUUUGUCAACCAAAGUCGGCUUAUUCGUGGAUUCUGCUGCCGUCCUUUCUGCCUCUGCCAGUGCUUCCCACACACUUCCUUUUUAAAAUAAUAAUAAUAAUAAUAAUAAUGGAAGGUUUGAAAUGCAGCCUUUGGGACGGGGGAGACACACAUCGUUAGCUUUAUUUUAUUUGCUUGAAAAUGACUUUGAUCUAUUGACCUGUACCACGGUGGGUUCUUCACUAUGGUUUUCUCACUGUUCCGUGUAAUCUGUUGUAUACCGCUGCAAAGCAGAAUUCUGAGGCCGGGGGUUCAAGAAAAUGAUAGGUGGCAUACAUUAAAUAGACCAUGAUAAACACAGGACAAGACUUUUGUUUAGAGUUUAUGAUAAGAUGCAAAAUAAUCUUUCUGUUCUCUGGUUUCUCAGUUGUUAUCUGUGCUACACUAACCUUAUAACUGUGUUUUUUU